ACUUAAACGAAUCGCUUGGCGUUGGGUCGGCGAGCUACGGGAGCCGAGAGGGGGAGAAAUGGCUGCGCGGGCUGUAUGGUUGGCCUUUCGGGGUGGGCUUGGCAGGCGCCAAGCCUUCUCCACCAAGGCGAAUGUUCAGGGAAGCGGUCGUAUCACUGUCGAGGUGAUCGAGCACUUGGAGCGUCUAGCGCUUGUGGACUUCGGCAGCCGCGAAGCCGUGGCGCGGCUGGAGAAAGCUGUCGCCUUUGCGGACCGCCUGCGUGAGGUGGACACCGACGGAGUGGAGCCCAUGGAGUCCGUACUGGAGGACAGAUGUCUGUACUUGAGAUCUGACAAUGUAGCAGAAGGCAACUGUGCUGAAGAACUACUACAAAACUCUCAUCGAGUCAUGGAGGAGUAUUUUGUGGCCCCGCCAGGUAAUAUCUCUUUACCAAAGCUGGAUAAACAAGAAUCCUUCCUACACAGCUAAGUGGCUAUCCUGGGAAGAGGGUACCCUGUGAGCACAUGGAAGCACAAUAGUGGUAUUUUAAUGUAAACCUUAACCGUCCCACUUUCUUCAGUCAACUGAAAAAAAUGGAUAUUCAAGCAUGUUUUAUAACUGCCUCUUCUGAAGACAGAUUUGGCAAACUCUAGCCAAAACAUUAUCUUCCUGUAUGUACCUCUCCUUAAAAGACUCUACCAAACUGCAUGUAAGUGAACCUUUCUGUUUAUAUGUCUGACAGACACAAGCAUGGGGUCACUGUUAAAACCUGAGCUGUCAUUGUUA